AUGGGGGUUUUCACCAAGCUUUUACAGGUGCAUCUGGUCACCAUUCCGGCGCGUAGAUUCGACCCCCAGCUCGAGACUUUCCUGAUUGAGGAAGGAGAUGGGUCUUCUGAUGUUCCUUUAGAAAUGCAAGGCAAAUCUUCUACUAAUAUGGAGGCGUUGGAUCCCAGUGAUCCUCUCUAUCUACACCCGUCGGAUAAUCCUGGAGCUAUGCUGGUUAGUGUGGCUUUCAGUGGAAUUGGGUACAGGUCUUGGAGGUGUGCAGUUUUGCGUGGCCUUUCUGUUAAAAAUAAAACUGGUUUCAUUAGCGGAGAGUGUAAGCGUCCUGAUCCCCAAUCUCCCAAAUUUCGGCAAUGGGAAUGGUGUGAUGAUAUGGUGACCUCGUGGAUUUUGAAUUCACUCUCAAAGGAGAUAGCAGAUAGUGUGGAAUAUGCAAGUGAUGCUGUUGAAUUAUGGAAGGAGUUGGAAGAUCGAUAUGAGCAAACUAAUGGUGCGAGAUUGUAUCAAAUCCAAAAGGAUAUCAAUGACCUAUCUCAGGGAGUCCUAGACAUCACAGGCUACUACACUCAAUUGAAGAAACUCUGGGAAGAAUUGAGUACUUUGAAUGCAAAAACACAAUGCAGCUGCCAGUGUACCUGUGGUGCUAAGGAAGGUAUGCACAAGGCUGAGUAG